CUAAAAUAAGUUUGGCACUGUGUGUGAUUGAUUACAAUUUUUAACAAAAACACAUUGUAUUAUUAAAUUUUGCAUGCUGUGUUAUUAAAAUAAAUAAUAAAAAUGCCAUCUAAACAGAGGAAGAUUGCUAUGAUGGGAUACAGAUCAGUCGGAAAGUCGUCGUUAAUUAUUCAAUUUGUCGAAGGACAAUUUGUAGAUUCGUACGACCCAACCAUCGAAAACACAUUUACAAAAUUCAUUCGUUUAAAUUCUACUGAAUAUGAGGUGAAACUUGUGGACACUGCUGGGCAGGACGAGUAUAGUAUAUUCCCACUGCAAUACAGCAUGGACUUCCACGGUUAUGUUUUAGUCUAUUCCAUAACAUCAAGUAAAAGUUUUCAAAUUGUACAAAUUAUAUAUGAUAAACUUCUUGAUAUGAUUGGAAAAAUUCAUGUGCCAAUUGUAUUAGUUGGUAACAAGACAGAUUUACAUUUAGAGAGAAAAAUAAGCACAGAGGAAGGACGUAGACUAGCUGAAAAAUGGAAUGCCGCAUUUGUAGAAACUAGUGCAAAACAAAAUGAGUCUGUAACAGAUAUGUUCCACGCAAUGUUAUCUGAAAUAGAGAGAUCAGACGGACAUAUUCCUGAGAAGAAUGGUUGUAUAAUUUCUUAAUAUAGAUACUAGGAAUGCUUAUUGUAUGCUUAUAAAAGUUUGUAUGUAUAAUUAUUCAUGCACAGCUAUUUAAAUAGCAAUAAAUGACAUAGUACUCAUUAAUAGAUAAAAUCUAUACAUAGUAUAUUAAUAGGUCAACAUUUUAGUUUGGAGGUUAUUAGUGUUAAGUCCAAACUUUACACAAUUAACAGCUUAAAUUUAAAUUUGCAGUAAAUCAUUAAUCACCUAUGCAGUUAACUGUCCUAAUUUUACUACUAGCAGUUAGUGUUAGUUAUUUUUUAAAUUCCAUACUAUUGUUUUACUAACCCAAAAGAAAGAGAGAUAUUAAUUAUGUUGCUUUAAUUAAUGAUUAAAUUAAUCGAGAGUUUGUGAAACUGGCCUCACACUUUUCAGAUUAAAGCAAGGCAUUUUGACAUUUACAUGAAUGACUCACUGUAUAUAUACUCUGUAGGUUUUUAUAUUGCCUGACUCACAGUCGGGGUAUAUGAAAUCACUGUAGUGAGUGGUGUUCUCAUGCUCAUUAUUAUCUGUCUGUAGAUACUAGAUUGUGCAAAUCAUGAGAUGAGUGGUUUAAAAAAAAAAUCAUUUUUAUGCA